CUAAAGAUAUUAGUGAAUUCUUAUAUAAAAUUCGUGAUGAUAGUGUUAGAUCAAGACAUUUCCUUGACGCAAACAAUGAGAAUAAAAUAGAAGCCAUACUUUCAGAUUAUGAAGGCCCUUCCUUACAUGAAUAUAUUGAUGGAGAAGCAACUUCUGCGAGAAUCAGAAAAGAUAGUACUAAAGAUAGGUUAGCAAAUGAUAAUGAACCACUUCAAGUCCAGAAAGAUAUUACGAAUUCUACUUCAGAAGAAUUGGAAAAAUCAGAGACUCAAAGUAAUACCAAAAUCAUCCUACAUGAAGUAAAAACUAAUCUAACAGAAGAAUCAGCCAUUUUGGAAUCACUCCAGAUUGAUUCUGCUAAAGAUAAAAUAAAAUCAAUUGCACCUAAAAGCCUAGCACCUUCGAGUAUAGUAACUGAAUUUGUACAAGAUUUGUUAGAAGAGUUACUCUUAUCUGGUAGUCAAUCUCUAGAGUCAUUAAAGUUUUCUUCUUCUAAAACCAUAGUUCCCAGAUUUAUAGAUAUUAAGAGGUUUGCCAAUUUAUUCUCUCAAGUAAUUAAUGUAAGAAAAAAAUUGAUCAUAGCAAAACGAGCAGAGAUUUCAUCUUGA